UUCAUCGCCGGUGGUACUGACACAUAGCCAGUGCUCCUGUGUGGCAGGCUCUGUUAUGUGCAAUCACACAGUGGCACUGCUCUUCCAAACAGCACACUACUCACAACUCAGAGUGCCGGUUGUCCCCCCUGUGCAUAGCUGCACCGAAUCUGAACAGCAAUGGCACAAGCCACGGACAGUGGGUGUGAAGCCAGGACCCAUCAACUCCAUGAUCUUCACUAAGCCGGUACCAAAUAGGAUGGCCCAGACUGGAGUACGGAGUGGCUUCUACAGAGGCAUGGUGGGUCCGUUACCAGAUCCUUGCUUGUUCAGAAUAACGGAGGCAUAUGCAAAAUUUAAUAUUGAGGACAGGCCACUUGUGACCACAAUGAACAUGAGACCUGACAAGCCCCUUGUGGAAAGUGCUUUUGGGCUGGUGCAGGAGUGCAGUGUUCUGUCAUAUCAGCAGCCGGUUUUGACAACCCGGUACAUCACACUACAGCGUAUAUUGAAGGGAACAAGGCAGACAGCAGACAUGAGGAGAGGAACUGAGAUGGAGCCUGCAAUAGCAGCAGAGUAUCGUAGGCUAAUGAAUGUUAACUACUCACCCUGUGGUCUGGUCAUUCACCCCAUUGCCCCCUGGCUUGCCGCAUCUCCUGAUGGUGUUGUUUUUGACCCCAAUGAAUACCCCCAGUUUGGCCUUGUCGAAUUCAAAUGUCCCAAUAGGACUACCUAG